ACCCUCUCUCUCCAGUAAAAAUAUCUGAACUUUCUCCCUCAUCCCACCUCCCUCUCGGCCGCCUCGUCUUCUCCGCCUCCGCCUCCACCACAACCGAUGGCUCCACGCCGGCUGUGAAUAGUGCGAGCGAGCGGGGCGAUAGGAAAAGAAGAGCGAGCCCUUCCCCCUCCCCCCUCCCUCAAGAACCCUAGCCGCUGCCUCCUCCUCCCGCCUCAGCCGCCUCCCCCCUCCCCUCCACCCCUCCCGCAUCUCGUCCGCCCAGAGUGCGGGGGCGAGCUUCUCGACGACGGUGGCGCUGGCUCGAGGCCGGGGAGCGGCCGAUGCGGCCCUCCUUCUCGACGACGGUGGCGCUGGCUCGAGGCCGGGGAGCGGCCGAUGCGGCCCUCCUUCUCCGCCAUCUCCGAUUCUCUUGGCUGUUGUGAUGGCAGCGCGGCGGAGCUCGUCGUCGACCGGCGGGCGGCACCAGGCGGCGGCGCGACCAUUAGCAUCGGCACCAGCGCACGAGGUCAUGGGGCGUGAGGAGAGGGAGGGGAUAGAUGCAUGGGGAGUAGGAGCCCGUGGUCAUGGCGGCGCAACGGAGGUCGUGGCCGGGCCCUUGUCCCAACCUCAAGCCAUUGGGGAGGUGAAGAUGGUGAUGGCGGCAGGAGAAGCGCGCGGAGCAGCAGAAACAUCAUCCCUCCUUGCCUUGUUCUUUUAUCUCUUCCUAAUAGUUUGUUGGUCGAAUUUAUAGGAUUCUUAAUCGACAGAUCAGGAAUCACCUCCCCAUUCAGCUAAGCUGCAUGUCUUUUGCUUAUAUUUUGUCCUUUCUUGUACUUACAUCUCAUGCUGUGUGGAUUUCCUAUGGCUCAAGUUUGUUGCUGCGCUCAGGUUUCAGCAAUUGCUGCACCUGCAAAUUUGGGGUUGAGUGUACAGUUUACUUUCAGUCAAAAGCUAUGCUAUUUUCAGCACACGAUAUUAUAUGUGGUCUUUGACAGAUUUGAUUGAUUUUGGAUGAUGUACAUGAAUGACAGUGGACGGACAAGGAUCGAGGGAAUGUAGAAGCGGCUUCGUCAGCGUGUGUCGAGAUUCUUAGCGAGCAGUUUCUUGGACAAGGAUUGAAAAAUUUAAGUAUGUACUUAUUCCUGUGUGCAGAUUACCAUGAAUAAGACAACUGAAGGUUAAUAAUCUUCCUCUUAUUUUGCAUCCUUGAUUAAUUUAUAGCAUUCAUAGUAAUCCCACAUGUAUACAACUAAUGUCUAUUUGUUUGUUUCCACUGACAUUUUCUUGCCGGCAAGAAACACUGACCUCAGGCAUCUACAACUCAUUGCCUUUGCUUUGUUGAUUUAUAUAAAAAAGGAAUUUCAGGCUGCCAUUUAUGUGAACAUUUUUUCUGUUGCAGAUUUGACCUGCUCGACAAAGUCCAAUGAAAGAAGUAUAAUGUAUCAUUGAUUAUAGCUAAAGCAGAUGGACAAGGAUUGAGGGAAUGUAGAAGCGACUUUGUCAUCGUGUGUCGAGGUUCUUAGCAAGCAGUUCCUCUGAGAUGGUUUCAGGUCGCUGAUUGUUUUCUACCCUAUGCACACAAGAUGUCUCUCCUUUUAUAGAGUAUUUAACCAAAAACUACCACAUUUCACGGAAACGUGUCGAAAAACUACCACUUUACGAUUUUGUGCGAAAAACUACCACUUUUUCCGUAAUCCGUGGCAAAAAACUACCAAGUCGCGAAAUCGCUCGCUUCGCCCGCGCUAAGCACAAAACUGACCGCUUGGGCCCACAAACCAGGUGCCAGCGUGCCCCCUCGGCCCGUCCGGGUCGGCCGCCCCGGUGUCGAACAGGGCGCCGCCGCCGCGGGGGGCUCUGUUGCUGCCGCUGCCGCUGCCGGUGCUCUGGCGCCGGUCGGCCUUCCUCGGGAUGCGGCUGCCGUAGGAGGUGCCGAGGAGGCCCCAGCCAUCCUCGUCGGAGAGAUGCCAGCCGAAGCGCUCGGCCAUCUCCUGGAGGACGCGCCCGGCGUGCCGGCGCCCGCGGCGGCCCCGAGCGGGCGGAGGAGGGGGAUCCUGGCGAGAUCCUGACCCCGGCCGACCUCGGCCGCUCGCGCCCCGCCGUGUUCGGCCGCGCCCGGCCUCCUCUUCCACGCCCUGCGGCUUGCUCUACGCGCGCACGCAAUACGCCCGCUGCCGCACGCUCCCGCCAGCGUGCCGACGUGGACUCGCCGCAGCAGCAGCCGUUCCCGUCCGCCGGCGGCAAGCGGCUGGGGAAGGAGGAGGCCGGCGACGAGGAGGAGAAGGAGGCGGAGGACCCGAUUGCUUUUUUGAAGAAAAACUAGGGAUCCGAUUGCAUUUUUAGCCCGUUUAUGUGUGGGGUCGGGCAGUCAGAUUCGCGUUUAACCCAAGCAAAGCGAGUAGUUUUCGCACUUGGUAGUUUUUUGUCACGGAUUAAUAAAAAAGUGGUAGUUUUCGGGACAAAAUCGUAAAGUGGUAGUUUUCUGUCACGUUUCCGCGAAUUGUGGUAGUUUUUGGUUAAAUACUCCCUUCUAUAGUUACCGCUUGGAUAGGAUACAUGGAGUUCAUAUUCUAUCAGAUUUUAUCCCUGAGUAAUUUGGUCCUAAAGAUGUCAGGUUUAAGAAUGUGCCACUUUAAUGUCUGUUGUGCGGCCUCGGUUACACAUAAUUUGUUCCUAAAGAUGUCAUUUCAGAAUGUGCCACUUUAAUGUCUGUUGUGCGGCCUCUGUUACACAUAAUUGCACUUUUGUCCUUAUGUCUUCGAUUUUGCUUUCAGAGGUUCUUAGUGCUAGAAAUAUUAUUGUUCCGGAUUUUAGCUGUACUACUCAUGCCACUCUUUUUUUCUUGCUUUGUAGCUGAAGGAUUAGUGAGACUGUUUGGGCUGAAUUCUGAUUUUGUAGCACUUAUUCCAUGUGAGGCAGGUAGCAUAUUGAUAUCGUCCAGAAAUAAUAGUGUCAUCUCAACUUCUAAAUAAGAAUCUAGCAGAUGUGCCUACUGGUUUAUGAUGGCACCAUAAAUAAUAGUGACAUCUGUUUUGUAUCUUGCUUGUAGUGUCCAGAUUUCCAAUUUUGUUGCUAUAUCUUUGGUGGUGAGUUGAUAUCGAUUUAUUAGUUCUAGAGACAAAAGAAAUUUGAAAGCGUGAAUUUUAUCUAAUCCAUGUUGUGCUUCCAACUUUGAAGACUGGAGAAGAUGUAAUUCUGUUUGACCUCUCUUUCAUUAAUCCGUUAGGAAAUAUAUAUGAUGUAGGAGAGUUACACUAUCAAAUGUUUGGAAUACUUCUUCCAUGUUGAGAUGGGAUGCAUAUAGUUAAUGACAUGCUUUUGAGUUCAUAUAGACAGUUCAUCAUAGAAAAUGCACCGCACUGUAUUUUCUUUAUAUAUGAAUUUAGAAUACAUCAUUACUAUUUUAUCGAUCAUUCUUACUGGUUUCUAAUCAUGAUAUUUGGCAUUCUCUUGCACAAGGAUAUUGUGGUAUGGUAGUUCUUAUUUUUUGUGAACCGAUUCUAUCGUGCUUCUACUUCUAUGUGUUUGUUGAUGAUUGAACGGAGGUUAGAUUAGAUUAUUGCCAUGGUAGUUCUCAUCUUCUUUAUCUGAAGUAGUAAGUUUGUUUGAUGUUUUCUAGCUUUCCUUCGAUUUUGAAAAUUCCCAGAGAAUGUCCCAUUGUCACUUCAAGGAGUAGCAGCUGAUAUUGGUGCUUCCACCUCCGCGUCAUGCCCGGGCCGAACUGCCACACCCCCUAGUUCUCCACAUUUUCUCUUUGGUGUUUUAUACAUUCAGUUAUAUCCUAUCUUAUCCAGUAUGUCUCAUAUCUUAGUUGAUUUGCAGUUUGUACUCUACUUUACAAACAUUGCAGAAAUAUUCUACUAACAGCUUAUUUUCUACUGUUUGGUUGUUUAAACUAAGAAAUUAAAUCUGGACCCGUACAAAUCUUGAGUAAAAUAUAUGCUAAUUAGUUCCUCUUGUUUAAUCUAUUCUAGGAUUGGGCACUACACAUAGAGCUAAAAAGUUACAUUGCCAUUUUAAGUGCAAACAAACAGGUUAGGUGGUGUGUACCUUAUUUCAGGAUCAACAAUCGGUGAAUCGGAUCUAAGGUUUGAGUUAGUACUGAGCAUUGUGUAUUCUAGAUGGACUAAUUGAGUGUGCUAAUUGAACCAUAUUCAUGGUGUUAGUCUGAAGUCAGAUUAUGCGAUUCACUCGUAUUAAUGCCAUUACUAUUGGUACAUUAGAUGAAUUGGGAGAGUUAAGUUAUGGGCUUCUUGCCAAUUACAUGCCCACAAAUUAUACGUUGUGACAACUUUUCUCUUUAUGACGAGCAUGUGAUGUCGUAACUUUCCUUUGGAGGACGUGGGGUCAUUUUCUGUCUAUUAAAUAUCUGCUUUGUGCUUUUGGAAGUGUCUAGCAGGGCCACAACUUAUGAAUGUAGUUGCAAUAAUGCACAAGAACUUCUUGUCAUUAGUUAAGAAAAUAAACUAUGGGUCAUUUUAACAACAUCAUUUCACCUUUUCAGUGUCAGCUAAGGUAUUCUGGUUUCUUGAGAUGGUUUGACUAUUUGAGUUUCCAUUGGUUACAGGUGUGUAUGUCCCUGAUGACAUGUUGCCCAAAAUCAACAUUUGUAGCUUCUUUAUAUAUGGCUUUCUCUCUUUCCAUCAUGAAGUUUAAUUGAUUUAUAUUCCAAAUGGGCUUAUUCUUACAAUCCAUUCCUUGCUAAUUUAAUUUUUAUUUUGCCUUGCUGGUCUUGAAUUUAUACUUUUAACUUAUUUCUGUGUGCUAUGCUUCUUUGACUACAUGUAAUCCUCUUCUGUCCUUGGUUCAGAUCAAAUGUGGAGUCCACUUCUUUCCUUGGUUCAGAUCAAAUGUGGAGAUGAUGUUUUUUGUUCCGCUAUGACUAUUAUUUUCACCUUGGUGACAGUCUCACAAAUCCUCUUUCCUUUCUUUUGUUGAUGUCUUGCCUCCUGUGUACUGAUAGAGGCAUAUAACAGAUGCAUGUCUCGGAUUAGAGAACUAUGAUUGUCCAUCUAUUUUAUAUUUUUCAUUUACCUCUUACGAGUAGUUUCCCUAAGUAGAAAAAAUGCAUUUUUCAGCCAUAUUGCUUUAUUAUCCUUUUUUGUGGGAACAAUACGAAGCCACACUAUGGUGUGCUCUGUUCCCAAUUUUACAAACUGGCAGGUUGCUGCUUGAUUUUGUUUCUUUCAGAUUUUUGUGUGCCUUUCUUCGUUAGAAUGUUUCUCCUCAACGACCAUAUCGAUAUGGUUGGCGUUUGCAACUAUGAUUUUGGUUGAACUGUGCAUGAUCAUCCCUCUAUUCAAAUUGUUGCUUCUCAAGGAUAUUUGCAAGAGAAAAUUGCUUCUAUACCAUCGACAACCUCAGCAAUGGCUCAUUUGCCAUCCAACAAAGCUCCGGUGCUUAUAUACCAGACACGAACAAAUUCUAUUGCUUUUUUGCCAUUGCCGUUAGUCUGCCGUUAGAUAGUGUCCGUUUUUCUUGUCAGAUUUCCCACAAAUUCCAAAUUUACCCUUAGUUUAGAAAAAACAACAACUCACGCACGCACCCGACCCUCCCCAUCCCACGACUCCACGCACCCCCCGACCAUCCCCAAUCCGCACGCACGCGCAACGCAACGCCGGCCUCCAGCGAGCCGCAAUGGAGGAACCCCCGUCGGCGCCACCACAACCCCCACCGCCACUCCCCCACCCUCCUUCGGUGCCGCAUCAUGGUGGAAUCGUCGCUGGCGCUUCCCCAGGUCUCUCGCCCACCGCAUCUCUGAUGCUAUCUAGGUGGCGCUUCAUGGCGGAACCGCCGCCAGCGCUUCCCCAGCCCUUGUCGCGCGGCCCCAUCGCCGCCGCGCCUGUACCACCGCGUCUCACCACGUCUUCGAUGGCCAACACAUGGGGCCCAGCAGCACCAACCUCUCCGAGUGGCCAUGUCGCCCAGAACCCUAGCAUUGGGGAUUCCAGCGAGGUGGAGAGUGGGGCAGUGGCGCCGACGGCCGAGGCCCUCCCCAAGAUCAACUCCUUUGUGGGCGCACUUGCAGCAGCCCAUCUGCCCCAGAAUUCCAUGCCCGACGAGGAGGACGGCAUAGCUGAUGAAUGUGGCUCGACCUCUCUCUCUGCUAUUUGCGCUAGGAUGAUCCAGUCUUGUAGCUAUACAGUAGAGGUGAAGGUUUGUGGCAGUGGAACCAAAAUCACUGGGGAUUCGAUAUUUAGUUGGCAGAUUAUUGAGGGUAGUAGGACAAGUAUGAAGGAUUUGCUGGCUUGUAUUGCUGGAAAUUUUGCUUUAUGCUCAGAGGAUAAUAUAUUUCUUGAGUACUUUGAUUCCAUUAGUGGCAAAAAUAUCUCUGUGUCAAAUGAUGAAGAAUGCAUGAAAAUGUUUGCCUGUUUUGAUCAGAAUAGGAGUGGCCAUUUGAUCAUCAAAUAUUCCGAGAGAAAUGAUAAUGUUGAUGUUCCAUGUACUCCUUCGAACCAAACACCAUCUAUAGCACUGCCUAGUCAACCAAGUAGUGUCAUUGAUGAAGCUAGUGUAUGCCUAACAGAUACAUAUCUUGACAAUCCGCAUGAAGAAUAUGAACAUGUUGGUGUAGAUGAGGAGGACCAGUACUCAAUUGGCAGUGUUGGUUCCGAUAGUGAUGAUGAGGUCAAAGAAAAAGAUAUACCAAAUAAUGAUUAUGUUGAGGAUAGCAGUGAUGAUGAGGAAUGGGUUGCAGAAGAUGCUAGACCGGAUGCUAUUCCAGAAAAUGCUUAUGACAAAGAAAACCCGCCAAUGCAUGUUGGCGCAAAGUACCCUAACAUUGAAGAGUUUAGGUUGGCAAUUGCUACAUAUGCUGUAAAGAAAGAGUUCGAAUUCAAGGUUGAAAAAAGUGAACCUACUCGAUUCAGGGCUUAUUGUCGCCGGGCAAAGAAGACGGAUUGUAAAUGGAGAAUUCAUGUUGGGAGGUUGGAUGACCAAGAAACUAUGGAGGUCAAAGUUCAUGUGCAGGAGCACACUUGUUCUAGCGCAAAGAAGAAAAAGAAGCAGAAAAAUGCUUCAAAGGCAUGGGUGUGUGAGAAAGUCAUGGACUGGGUAAAAGAAGAUCCUAGUGUUCGGCCGAUGGAGUUACGGAGGAGGCUACAUGACAAGUACAAGAUCAACGUCCAAUACAUGAAAGUAUUCCGUGGCAAAGGGCUAGCAAUGGCUAAGUUGUUUGGUAACUGGGAUGAUUCUUUUGACAAGCAAUAUGCUUGGAAAGCUGAGGUUGAGAAGAGGUCUCCUGGAAGCAUAGUUGCGAUUGACCACAUGGAGUAUGAUCAGAAAAAAUAUUUCAUACGGAUGUUUGUUGGGCUGAAGCCUUUGUGCGAUGGAUUCUUGGCUGGCUGCAGACCUUACUUGGCAAUAGAUAGCACUCAUUUGACAGGCAAGUACAGAGGCCAAUUAGCUACUGCUUGUGCCGUUGAUGGGCACAAUUGGUUGUAUCCUGUAGUCUAUGGAGUUAUUGACUCAGAAACUACUGAAAGUUGGGUGUGGUUUUUGGAGAAGCUUCGUGAUGCUAUUGGCUCUCCCCCUGGUCUAGCUAUAUGUUCAGAUGCGGGAAAAGGGAUUGACACUGCAAUCGAACAGGUCUUUGGGUAUGCAGAACAUAGAGAAUGCAUGCGACAUUUGGUUGUGAACUUCAAGAAAAAGUUUCAUGGUAAAGUUUUUGAUGAUCAUUUGUGGCCGGCUGCUUAUUCAUGGACUCCUCGAGGGUUUGACUAUCACAUGGCAGCCGUAGAGGAGAAAAAGGCUACUGCAAUAGCAUAUUUAAACAAGUACCACAGCAGGCUAUGGUCAAGGAGCAAAUAUUCAACCUCCUCAAAAGUGGAUUAUGUGACAAAUAAUUUGGCCGAGUGUUUCAACAACUAGAUCCGCAAGCACAAAGGUCUCAUGUUGUUUCAGCUCAUGGACAAGAUCGGGAGAAAGAUUACUGUCAAAUUUGAGAAGAGGAGAAGGGUAGCUAGAAAAUUUCAAGGUCGACGUAUACUUCCAAGUGUCAUGAAGGAGUUGAAUGACAUAAGCAGGGGGCUGGACAUUGAAUAUGAGAGAAUAAAUGACAUGAUUGCAGAGGUGAGUGAGAGUGUUGCACUAGGUGGCAAGUGCCACGUCACUGAUCUAGUUUUGGUAUGAAAUAGUUUUGAGUUUGGCUUUGUG